CUUUCAUCCCGGGAGCCAUCCUCUCCUUCUCGUCCUCCGCGGGAGGCUGAAGUCCCAAACUCAAAAUGGCGGUGAUUUGAAUUUCGCGCUGAGGAAACUUUCCUCCCCUUAUGGCGCCGACGCGGGAGCCGACAUGGAAGGGAAAGGCGGAGUUGCGGGAGCGACCUUCGUCACGUGGCUCCGUGCGGCGGGCCAGAGGGGCGGGCCUUCGGUUGGCCUCGGAUUGCCGCCGCCAUGAGCAAGAGAAACCAGGUGUCGUAUGUGAAGCCUGCAGAGCCCGCUUUCCUCAGCCGCUUCAAGGAGCAGGUCGGCUAUCGGGAGGGGCCUACGGUGGACACCAAGAAGGAGCAGCUCCCAGUAGCUGAAGAUGAUGGUGAUGAGAGUGACAAGGAAGAUGAACAACCACAGGUGAUUGUGCUGAAGAAAGGAGAUCUGACUGCAGAAGAAGCAAUGAAGAUUAAAAGAGAGAUAAAAGAGACUUCCAAAGCUACAGAUGAUGAACCUGAUUCUGCAGAUGGAAAAAUUGUUUUUAGAAAGCCUUCCAAGCGUCCAUCAGGAGAGAAGUAUUCUGGUUUGACAGCCAGCUCAAGUAAGAAGAAAAAAGAGACAAAGAUGAUUCCUCCAACCAUGCAAAAUACAACCAAGCAAGUGAAAAAUAGCAGUUUGCUCUCAUUUGAUGAGGAUGAGAGUGAUGAUUAGGUAAAAAAUUGAGUGCAUAAUAGAAGCAGAGAGACAGCAUGCUUGACUUUUAGUCAUGCCUGUUUGUGUGUGUGUGUGUGUGAGAAAAUUCUGCAAAAUUAGUUGGGAGUACAGCUCUGGAAGUUUUUUCCUAAAUUAAAAAUCCAUCUAGUUUUCCAUCUAUUUGAUGAAGAGCAUGAAAUCUUACUAUAUAUCUGCAAACUGAUUUUUAAACAAACUAAUCAUUCCCCCUUGACAGCAUCUUCGUUGUCAAAUAUGGACAUCUGGAUGUGCAGUUUUACCCGGUUAUACCUGAUCACCCUAUUGUAGAAGUGUAAAAUCUGCUUACUGUUGGAAAGUGUAAAAUUUUGCUCUGGUAAAAGUUUUCUGUUGUAUCUCUGAGGACUGAAAGAACUGCUGAGAUGCUGAUCACACUGAAGAUAUUGAUUUUUCAGAAGAGGUAACUGUGCUGCAGAAUGUCCUUUAGUAGAAAAAUGCUUGGAUAAGUGUAAUGUGUUCUAUAACCAAGGAUGGAUUGUGUGUUGCUACAAAGCAUGUGGCAGGAUUACCCAUAUAAAGCUUCAUCAGGGAGCUGAUACGAAGUUGCUGUGUGCAACAGCUGUUUUUAGUUUAGUUGUUAUUUUAAUACCGCCAUUAAAUGAUGGCAAAAUCAUUUUCUAUUUAUUCCAGUUUUGGUCCACUGUUCUUGAGAAAAUAAACCCAAUGUUCUCAGUC